UUCAUCAGUAAAACAAGUUGGAGACUGUUACAUAACAGUCAGUGCGUUUCUUAAUUCUAAUUUUGAUUCACAUUUUGUUCUUGUAUUUUUAAUAAAAGAGGCGUUUGGCAACAGCUUAAUUUUCGGCAGUUUUUUUUUCUGCUCCUUCUGCAGCUGCAAAAGACGUUAUUUAACAAACUGACUUUACUUAAUUUAUUUAAAAGCAGUUUGUUGUGACUAGGAUUGUGACCAAUAUUGUUUUAUUUGUAACGAGAAUUCACAUUCCUUAAACUAGGCACAAGCGAAAGAACGAUAUUUUACAUAAAUACAAAGAUAAAUGACAGUUUGUUCAGAUGAUAUGGACUAUUAUAUAUUUAAAUAUUUUAAUAAAAGAAAUGUGUCAUGUUUGGGGAAACGCUCUUUGAAUUUUCCUCCAACGGUAGGUGAAUUGGAUUGACCUUUGACCCUUGCUUUGACCGUUUUUGCACAAAAUGGCAAUAGAAUUACAUUACAUAACGUCAGAACCAGAAUAGACCAAUUGAUUUUAAGCUGAACUUGUAGUGCAAUUAUUAUAGCACUUAGCACCUACAUUCCGAAAUAAUUACCUAAAAAAUGCAGUAAUGAAUGAAUUAAUUUUUUGCGAAUCCAAAAAAGCAUGAAUUAAUCUCUGCAGGAAAAUAUUCAUUCCCCGACUGCAGAAUGAAUUGAAGUGUGAGAUUUAUACAGUGGGAGAAAUUGGCUAUAAAAAAGUUAAUAAAAUAAUGCUCGGGGUGAAAAGUUUAUUUAGAGUGGACGAUGAUCCUAAUUAAUUUUUGUUCGAAGGUUAGUGACUAGUGUUCGAGUAACAUUUGAAUAAAUAUUUGCCUAAGAAUUUGUCUUUUAAUUUUUUGAAUUCUCACAACUGUUAUGUUUAUUUCUGCUCGUCUGCUCGUCAGCCUUGAAAUACUAAUAUUUCCUUUAAUUGAUGUUUUAUGUUUACCAACCGUGCCUACGAAUGGUGUUUAGAGUCAUGUUUUAAUCUGCAAUGUCAUAAUUUUUGUAAACGUAAUCAGCAAUUUGCCCAAAAUCAUAACAUAAUGUUCGAAGGUGCGUAAAUGCAACGUAUUACUUUGAUUUUUCGAAGGAUAAGCUGUCUCAGCUGUUUUGUAAACGCGAUAUGUUAGUAGACGAUAGACUUUCACCAUGUUCCAAUAUCUAUUAAUUCUCUCUCUCACGAGUUACAUAAAUGCUGCAGAGACUCCCAUCAUUGGGAUUUUAUCCCAAGAAGCUUAUUUAGUUAAGGAUGCUUAUCCAGACGCCGACAGCUUCAUCGUAGCUUCUUACAUAAAAAUCCUCGAAAGUAGCGGUGCUCGAGUUUUGCCCAUUUGGAUCGGCCAAGAUGCGGCUUAUUACGAACGGGUGGUGAAUUAUACCAACGGCAUUCUAUUUCCCGGCGGAGGGACCUACUUUAAUGAGACGGGAGGUUAUGGCGAGGCAGCAAAACAGCUUUAUGAAUUAGCCGUCAAAACUAACGAGAAGGGAGUUCAUUACCCUCUGUGGGGCAUAUGUUUGGGUAUGCAGGUGCUGAUGUAUGGGGCGGUGGGCAGGGACAUCCGAGGCAAUUGCCAAUCGAAGGACGUAGCUUUGCAUCUGGAGUUUGUCGCAGGUUAUGAGGAGAGUAAGUUAUUUUCCAAAGCGCCGUCCCAGCUGCUCGAAAACUUGAAAACCAAAAACUUGACCUACAACUACCACCGCUACUGUAUCUUUGAAGAUGUUUUAAAAAAUAACAAUUUAUUAACGGACUGGCGAAUCAUUUCAAAAAAUAAGGACACCAAUGGCUUGGAAUUUGUUUCGUCGAUGGAACAUGUGAAUUAUCCAUUCUUUGGAACGCAGUUUCAUCCGGAGAAAAACCCCUUCGAAUUUAAGAAAACGGCAGUCCCUCACUGCCCAGAAGCGGUGGAACUUGCCCAGUAUUUUGGAAACUUUUUUGUCGAUGAAGCUAGGAAAAACAACCACACAUUUGGGGACAAAAAAGUGGAGGAGGCUUCGCUGAUUUACAAUUUUAAUCCCGUGUACAGUAUCUACAACACGUCUUAUGAGCAACUGUAUUUGUUUUAUAAGCAAGACUAUAACAGAAACUUGUUGUAGACUGAUUGAUUUUUUGUGUUGGUUUUAAUUGUUGAAAUAAAAGACUGUUGAUGUA